AGCAUGACGCCUCACGCGAUUCCUCAACUUGUUAUAUAUAUAAGUCUUUGAUGCCAGGUGCGAAGGUAUAUUUCAAGACCGCACCAAGCAAGUACCAUCAAUCCACACAACCAAAACAAUACAAGCAACACACAUCAAUCUUCAAACCGCACCACGAAUAAAAUCACAAUGACACGCCCGGCACCUGGAAUGAGAGGCUACUCGGAUAUUAUGAAUACCAGCGAUAAAGAGUUGCAUGGCAAUGGACAAAAAGUAGACUUUCCCUAUGAAAACAUGGGAGCCCAUACCCUCUGGAAGCAGAACUUCUCGGGAAGGGCUCCAAUAUGGCAUCUAAGGGUGACAGUACUCAAGAAUGGCGAUGCUCGAGGCGAUUGUCCAAAUCGUGUUUUUGCAUUCAAAACCUUAGAAGACGUCACUGGUGCUAUCAAUCAAGUCGAAGCUGCUUUUGGAAACACGUUUGAGUUGAAGAAAUGUGGAAUUGAUUCUCCAGAUGCUAUGGGUGGAAGAGUUAACGAUGGGAGGAGUGAGAAUAUCACGGUUGAGUUCGACUCCAAUGUGACAAGGGAAUCGUGGGCAGAGUUCUUAGCAAGGUUGAAGGGAUUGGAGGAUGAGUGGUCACAUGCAAUUGAGGUUUCGAGUCUUUGAAGGGUGGUGUGAAUGAAAGAUGGUUUAGACAAUAGAACUGUAAAAGGGGCGAUAAUCAGAAGAAAAGUGUUGGGAGGCAGGGUCAAUUUGUAAUCAGGGGAUAGUAGAGUAUAGACAGAAUUUCGAGAAUUUCUAAGAAUCUAGUAAACUGAGAACAAAAUUUAAUCCGAGAUACAUCAUGCAUCAAAGAUUAGUCAAGCCACAACACAAGAAAUCGAGU